GCUGUUCCCUGGCUGCGAGUAGUGUUUUCUCUGAAGACUGACUACGUUCAUGCCAGUUGCACAAGUACAUCUGUAAAAAAGUGAUGUGCAUCUGCAAUAUGAAGAAUGGAAGAAGACGAUGUUACCAUCAGAGAGCAGAAUUUCCAUAGUCAAGUUCGCGAGUACAUCAUCUGUUUCCUCCUAUUUGCAGUGCUGUACAUUGUGUCUUACUGCAUCAUAACCCGAUACAAGAAGAAAAGUGAUGAUCAUGAAGAUGAGGAUGCUGUCGUCAACAGAAUAUCUCUGUACCUGUGUACGUUCACACUGGCCGUGUCUGGAGGGGCAGUGCUCCUCUUGCCCUUCUCCAUAGUCAGUAAUGAGAUUCUGCUUUCCCUCCCUAAAAACUACUACAUACAGUGGCUCAAUGGAUCCCUCAUCCAUGGCCUGUGGAACCUGGUAUCUCUCUUCUCCAAUCUCUGUCUGUUUGUGCUCAUGCCAUUUGCAUAUUUCUUCUUGGAGUCUGAGGGAUUUGCCGGGUCCAAAAAGGGCAUUAAGGCUCGUGUGCUGGAGACAUUCGUGAUGCUGUUCCUGCUGGGUUUACUCAUCCUGGGCAUCGUGUGGGUGGCAUCAGCACUCAUCGACAACGACGCAGCCAGCAUGGAGUCUCUCUAUGAUCUGUGGGAGUUUUAUCUUCCAUAUCUGUACUCCUGCAUCUCUCUCAUGGGAGGCCUGCUGUUACUCAUGUGUACGCCAGUAGGGCUCUCGCGGAUGUUCACAGUGAUGGGCCAGUUACUUGUGAAGCCAACAAUUCUAGAAGAUCUAGAUGAACAAAUCUACUGUAUCCAGCUACAGGAAGAGGCUCUGGAGCGGAGGCUGAAUGGCAUAGGCUCUAACUCUCACUACCACGGAAACUGCCAGCACCUUUAUAAGGAACUGGACAAUAUUCGAAACCAGAGGAGCAAACUGGAGAGGAGGAAGAAAGCCUCAGGUUGGGAGAAGAAUCUGCUCUACCCCAUUGUGAUGUUGAUUCUCCUGGCUGGCACAGCGCUCUCUGUCAUGUUUGUGGCUCUGAACAUCGUGUACCUGCUGCUGGAUGAGACAGCGCUGCCCAAAGGAUCGACGGACAAGGGGAUUCGAAGCGCAUCUGCGUCCACUUCGUUUGGGGUCGUCCAGGCAAUCGUUGAAAUUCUCCUCAUGUUCUACCUGAUGGUCUCGUCUGUGGUGGGUUUCUAUAGCUUACGUGUUUUCCAGGGGCUGACGCCCAGAAAGGAUGACACCACCAUGACAACGAUCAUCGGAUGCUGUGUGUCUAUCCUGGUCCUGAGCUCAGCUCUGCCCGUCAUGUCCAGAACCCUCGGAAUUACAAGGUUUGAUCUCCUGGGAGAUUUCGGUCGGUUUAACUGGUUAGGAAACUUCUACAUCGUCCUCUCGUACAACCUCCUCUUCGCCGUGGUGACGACCCUGUGCUUGGUUCGAAAGUUCACUUCCGCAGUGAGGGAGGAGCUUCUCAAAGCCCUCGGUUUGGAUAAAUUGAAUCUGUCAAACAGUCCGACAGACCCAGAGUCGGGAAAACACUCUGCCAACGGGCAUCAGAAGACUCUCUGA